UGCAUCAUUUCAGCUCUAAAAGGUUGGGAUGACUCCUUGGGAGGGAGGGUAAGGGUGACACUAAGCAGUGACCUGGGGACCAUGCAGGGAUUAGGCUGCCCUCAGCCCUCACUGACUGCUGGUAAAAGCUCCUGGCUCAGCCUGCACAGCCCCACCCUGGGGAUGAGCCCCAGCUGUGUGUGAGGAUCCUCCUCCCUGAGUGGCUCACAGAGCACUGGGUGCCCAGGGAACAGAGCAAGAGGCACUGCAGCCUUUGAGAUAACAGAAUAAAACGUGUAAGAUGAUGACACAAGGUUUUGUUAGAGGCAAACCCCACAUCUCAACAAAUGCAGGUUUGGGUGACUCCAAGCCCUGGCACUGGAACUCUGGAAAUGCUGUUGGCAAAGCCCCCAGGGAAGGGGAGUGUUUGGCUGCUCCGAGCACCACGGCGCUGUCGGAUCAUAACCGGUGCUGACCACACCUAGAGCUCAGUCCUGGUGUGGGCUGCACACACACACACUCACUCACAGAGUGCUGCUGCUCCUGGAUCAUCCUACAGCACAGACCCUGCAAAGGGACAGCUGCAGAACCAAACUAGGGAGAAACACCAACUUGCUGAAGCAGAGCCCGUCAUCUGCCUGGGCGCGGCAGGAGCAGGGAGCAGCCAGCCCCAGGGACCUGGGAGAGCCAUGCCGGACUCCUUCGCCAUCCACUUCCUCAAGGUGCUGCGGGAGCUGCUGGCCUUCGUGCUGUUCAGCUACACGGUGCUGCUGGGGGCGCUGCUGCUGGCCGGCUGGACCACCUAUUUCCUGGUGCUCAAGUGAGGGCUCUGCCCCUGCUCCUGCUCCCACAGCCUUUCCAGAGGCACCCACGGCACAGCUCCGCACGCGGGAUGGAGGCGCCUUCCCCCUGCGCCGAACCUGCAGGAGCUCUGUGCUCUCGCUGCCUCGCCGCACUCUUAUUUUCCUGUGUAAAAACAAUAAAGGUUAAAAGAGAAAA